CAGAAGGGCCCAGUGAUGGCUGCCAUGGGGGACCUUGCUGGACCAGCCCCUCUGCUGGACCUGGGCAAGAAGCUGAGCGUGCCCCAGGACUUGAUGAUGGAAGAGCUCUCGCUACGCAACAACAAAGGAUCCCUCCUCUUCCAGAAGAGACAGCGCCGGGUACAGAGAUUCACCUUUGAGUUUGCAGCCAGCCCAAGGAUGAUCGUGGACGGAAGUGCCAAGGGGAAGGUGAUGGGGUCGAAGGUGACAGGAUCAGCGGAGCUGGGGAUGGUUGCCAACGGCCCUGAGGGGCAGAACUGCCGCUCUGAGCUCCACAUCUUCCCAGCCUCAUCCCAGGGCCCCGAGGAUACCCAGUCCGCAGCUUUCCCCACGGAGCGUGCCUGCAGCCCCAGCGCCCUGGCACCAGGACCCCGGUGCCCUUUGGAGGACCCCUGGUGGGCGAGACUAUUCCCAGAGCAGGCACCCCUUUCACCCCGGAGCUCAUCAGUGGCUUGGAACUCCUUCGCCUCAGACCCAGCUUCAACAGAGUGGCCCAGGGCUGGGUCCGCAGCCUCCCUGAGUCCGAGGAGCUGUAGCCCCAGCCCGAAAAUUCAAUUCCCCUGUCUUGGUGUUUGGGUAACAUCUCGGAGUCAAGACUUCUGGAUGGCACUUCCCAGUUUAUGAAGGGGCUCUUCACACACAAAACCUCAUUACAAAUGGCCUCUGCGGCCACAAAGUUUAGUAGUCCCCAGAUGGGGUGUGUUUCAGAAUUUCCUGGAGAUGAUGGUUUGCGUACAGAUUUCUGGCCUGCCCUAGACUUGCAGCAUUCAAAUCUCCUGAGCUGGGGAAUUUCUAUUAGUAACCACACUCCCAGAUGAUUCCAGUGAAACUUGUUCAUGGUCUGUGUCUUUUGGCAUCCGAGCCACCAGUGAAUUCACAUCCACGCCUCCCCUCCUUCCUGCCAUGGACACCAGCUUAUACUCCCCCGACAGGCAGCUUGCUAG